AUGGAAGAUCAGCAGAAAACAUUGAUCCGUGUUAACAAGCCUAAAACGGACACAAAAGCUGAUCAACCGCAUCAUAGCUUGCAAGAACCAGCUGCAGGUGAGCCUAUCAAAAAUAAGGAUGUAUCUUUAUCACUUUUAGAAGUUCAAACCAAAAAAAAACUUGAUCAAUAUAUAAAUUUAGCGGGUCCAGUUCAAGUAGCUACAGGUUCUCCACUUACAACCAGAGAACCACCUACAAAAGAUGUACGGGGCAAUAACAUCCAGCAUAGAGGCAUUAUUCUAGGAACCAACAACACCGCAAAUAACCACCAAUUAAAAGCGGUGCCUAGAAAAUCAUCAUCAAUUUCUACCACUAAAAUACAUAUCACUAGAUUGGAUCCUUUUACAACUGCCAGUGAUCUAGAAGACUAUAUAAAGAUCAUCUUCAAUGUUAAUCUAAGGGUAGAAAAACUGACUUUCCGCUAUCCAGACUCAUACAGUUCCUUUAGGAUGGCUGUUCCCAAACCGUUGGUUAAGGAUAUGCUAGCACCUGAAAACUGGUUGGAAGGUGUUGGGUUUGUUUCCUAUAAGGAAGAAACUUGA